AUGGCCACGAACGAGGCGACGCAUUCGCCAAAACGCAAAGCAGAGGAUGCGCCAGAGCAUGCUCGAGCAAAACAGACCAAAAAGGCCCCAUCUCUUGUGACAUUAAAGAAUACGCGUCUUUCUCUUCGGCAAAAGGCGGUCGGCUGGGACCGAACCAUGCCUGUGUUACGAGCCGUACUGGCCUUUCAGUCGUUCUUCUCAGAUAACCAAACGCAUGUAUUAAUGGAGAUUCCCACUGAGCACUUAGGUGUGAUUGCCUCAUUGGCACAAGAAAGCGACAAAAAUGAGACAGAGUUGGCCAAGCGAAUUCACGCCACGCUCCUUCCCGAGGGCAGUACAACCACCAUACAGAAUGGAGAAAAUGUCGACGUGCUCAGUGUGACUACGAUCCAAAAAUGUCUAAAUCAUAUUGCUGCUCGUGUAAAUUAUGGCAUUGAUCAGACGGGCGAAGAAACUGUCCCCGCCUCUCUGCAACUCUGGCGUUGGGAGGUCCAUGACAUGAGCCUCUUGCCAAAAGAAAACCUGGAUAAGUUGGUUGCCCGUCGACAAGAGCGCGUACAAGCAAAGGAAGAAGCUCUGCAAUUAUUUGAAGCUCUGCCCCAAGAAAAGCAGCAGUCACUGUUGUCGCCAAAGAAGCCGCCGCGUACCAAGACACGGGCGGUGGAGCUUGAUCCGCCUUCAGAAGAUGCAGCACCGCCACCAUCUUCUUCACCUGUACAUGUGGAUAUGCCUGAAGAAUCGCCGAAACCUACUCCCGUGCCCAGAGAAAAGUCAGAGCGCACCAAGCUUCGCGAGUCACGACGUGCGGAGCGUCAAGCACGCGAAGAAAGACAAGAAAAAGAUAAGCAGGCUCAAGUACGUCUUUUCAAUGCCUUUUUUCAGCAGCCUGUCGCCAAAUCAGUCAGUAAGAAGGACGAAGAAAAGAACAAGACUGACUUUGAGCUGACAUUUCCGCCUUGUGAAUAUAAGGACGUGGCCGAACCAAAUCAAUUUUAUCAUCCCGUGGAUGACACGUUUCUUCAACAAUUAGACGCGCGCAACGCAUCACCACAGGUGCUACUUGCAGAAUUUCAACAAGCUUUUCGCAAACGCUCGAUUCGCCAAACGUCGAGUGGCAUUCAUCCACCUGUGUGUGUGCGAGACAUUAUGAAGACAGUGACAGAGUCAGAUGUGCUGGGCGGAAAUGCAGAGGAACAAGCCAAGCGAAGUCUUGAGAAACUCAAUGAUCGACGUUUAGUGCCUAUAAAACUUCUGCAAUUUCAUUUGGAGCGCCGGCCUGGCUGGGUUGGCACAAAUACGCGUUCGUCGAACUUUAUAACACCACGGAGGCCUUUUGGACAGGACCCACUCUCGAUUGACUAUACCUUUGACAGUGACGCCGAAUGGGAGGACGUCGAUGAAGGCGAAAAUGUGGAUGAUGCGAUGGAUGACCGAGAAGAAGAGGCGGAGAGUGUUGCCUCUUCAGAGGAAGACUCAGAAUUGGACGACUGGCUCGAAGACGACUUGGAAGAAGAGGAUGCAGCGCCUAUGGAAGAAGAUACGGUCUCUUCUUCACGCAGUGCACUCGUGCGUGAAUCUCCUCUUUCGCACAAAACAAAGAAGAAGCUCAAAUUGCUGGGACGUCGGUUCGACUCCAAGUUGGUGCCAUAUAUAACGGGCCCACACUGGGAAACGACUUUGUCCGCAGCAAGUUAUGAGAGCUUUGAGCCUUAUCAGGUUCGUUUAUUGAACGAAGCACAUGUCGGUCUCAACCCAUUCACAUUCGUAUCCACCACCAUGACAAUUGCGGAUGAUGACAAGUCUUCUGACACUAUACCACAGGCUGCAACUACAUCGCCAGAAUCGUCAACAUUACAGAACAGUGUGCCGCCACGCACAACCAAGUUCUUAUUCCCUGAUACCCAUAUGCCAGAACUUGUUUCUAAGAUUCAUGGCUCCACACGAUCCAAACCGGCUCUCAUUGAAGACUUAUGGGAAUACUUUGCCCCCAGCAUAAAGGGUGUGAGUAAAGCAGCUAUUGAAUCGCGGUUGCAAGAAUGCGCCAUACGUGAGAGCAAGAAACCGGGAGCAAAAUGGAUCAUUAAGGAAGAUAGUAAGCAUUAUAUGGCCCCAUAA